UAGAUCGCAUGCGAUGAGUAAUACCGUUUGUCGUGCUGAGUGACGUCGUCCAGCGGCAGCCGGCGAGCGGCGCGCAGACCUUUCAGUUCGAAACUGCGGAGAGGCACGACAGGAUCACCUCCGCACUCCUCAUAUCUCCUAAUUUCAGUGACACCGCACCCACUAUUGAUUACUUUGAUCUGUCUCAUCUAGUCGCUUUCAUAUUAAAUAAAAAUGGAUAGCUCGGACGGUUUAAUAGGAGGGUUGGCGAGUGGCGACGGUGCGGCUCCAGCCACCAUGAAGCGCGAUCAGGACUCUACGGACGACUUCGAACAUUUGGAUCGGGACGGGAAGCGAGAGGAAGCGGAGGAGUCACCUCUCCACAAACAGGACGCGGCGAGACACGCCACACAGAGCUUCCUGGACAUGGAACGUGACGAGUUCGUGGAUACGACUCGGGCGCCCUCCGUUUCCGACAAGAUGGACCACGUCGCCGACAAGUUCACGGACAGCGAAUCCGACGCGGAUACAGCGGGGGAGUCGCCCUUGCAUCUCCCGGAGCCACCUAAGGCCGUUCCCCCACCGGCCGCCGCAGUCUCGGCCCCGGCUCCUGUCUCUGAACCCAAACCCGAUCUGAAAUCCGAAACACUGGCAGAACCUAAGCCGGUCGUGGAACAACCUAAACCGGAGCCCAAGCCACCAGCGGAGGAACCCACACCGGAGCCCGAACAGAAGAAGCCGGUCCCUUCGCCGGUACAGGCCCCUAUGCAGCCCCACGUGGAUCCGGUGCAGAAGAAGCAGGAGGAGCCGACCCCUCAGCCGGCCGUGCAGCCGUCGCCUCAGCCCCCGCGUGCUCCGUCUGCUCACGUCAUCGAGGCCGAGGUCAUCUUCUGCCAGAUAGGACUCGAUGCUUGGUUCGACCCGCAAAGGCUACACCCCGAAGUGGAGUCCCUGAUCUACUGGCGGUGUGCGGCGCGGUCGGGUGCCGCUCUGGGUGCCGGCCUGGUGCUGCUGGUGGCGCUCGCGUGCUGCUCGGUGGUGUCGGUGCUGGCGUACGGCUCGCUGCUGGCCCUCGUCGCCGCCGUCGCCUUCCGCAUCUACAAGAACGUGCUGCAGGCCGUGCAGAAGACCAACGAGGGUCAUCCUUUCAAAUGGCUGCUGGAGAAGGACGUGAGUGUGUCGGUGGAGCGCGCGCAGUCGCUGGCCGCGUCCGCCACCGCGCAGCUAAACGCCGCGCUCGCUGAACUGAGACGGUUGUUCCUGGUGGAGGACCUGGUCGACUCCCUCAAGUUCGGCGUGCUGCUGUGGUGCCUCACGUACGUGGGCGCCUGCUUCAACGGCAUCACGCUCAUCAUCCUGGGCUGGAUAGCUCUGUUCACAUUGCCUAAGGCGUACGAGAUGAACAAGGCGCAGGUGGACGCCAACCUGGAGCUGGCGCGCGCCAAGAUAAACGAAAUCUCGGCCAAAGUGCGCGCGGCCGUGCCCCUGGGACGGAAGGCGGAGAGCGAGAAGGACAAGUAGAGCGGCGGCACGUGACGCGCACGACACGACCGGCCCGGGGACGACACGACACACGCCACCUCCCGCGUCACGUGACAACGCCGCCCACGUCAGCUCGGCGCCGGAGUCCCUCGCCGUCUGUCAUAUUCAUAAUUACUUGUAUUCGAUGAACACAUUAAUUACGUGUAAAGCUUUACGAGACGAGUCAUGCGGAGAUUAUUGUAUUUGCUUUUUGAAAUUUUAAAUUAAAAUAAUUGUCGAACUAUGAGAUGGUUUCAUUGUGCGAGGCCCGAGGCCCCAGGCUGCGAGGCGGACGAGUCUCGAAGCUUGUUACUUUCUGUCUCUUAUAUUUUCCUCCGUCUCUAAGCAUAGCUUCCGCCGCUUCGCCCCUCUACCGACUAGUUCCUAGUGUUUAAGCUGACGCCUGCGCUCGAGGUCGAUGACCCGCAGCAUUUCUUGUGUAAAUUAUGAUGAUUAUUUAAAAUUUUAUGUUGUAAAUUGGAAAUCUUUUGAAGAGUGCAAUGGAUACAUUUAUGUUUCGGUUAUGAAAUUAAUAUAUAUGUCUUGUUUUUAUCUUAAUAAAAGGUUGUAUAAUUUGA